AAGUUUGACGUUGCAAUCACUUUGGCGUGAAAAUGAAGAGGGAUACAGAGACGUGGAACUAUAUGUGAAAAUUGCCUUUCGGUCGAUAGCGACAAGGCUUUGGAAAAAAUCUCCAAGGUUGAAUGCCAAAUUUAGCGCCAACGGGCACGAUCUACAGAUUCGAUCUACAUUUACACCUGAAGCCAAUCUCUGCUCGGAUGUAUUUCAGCAGAAAGCACCUCACGGCCGUCUUCUUCUUGCGCAUGCAGCAGUCUUCGCGUCCAAUCCGAAGGCACAACUACAAGAUGUGCGUGCGUUGGUGUGUCCUCAUCUCUUCGCUUAGUCCCAUACCUUGGGCAUGUCUGUUUUGCUUGUGAUUAACAGCAUCAGGAAGUUGGGUCUCAACUUCAUGGUGCCCAUCAAUAGCUCUCAUUAGCGGCCGGUCCUUGGUCACACCCUGCAGUUCUGGUAUACGAUAUAAUUCGAGCUGUUAUGUCUCGAACAGAGCAGCACGAUGGAAUGAAAGUUGCGGUGCUUUCCAUCAUGCUUCAUCUAGUAUCGACUGGCUUCGAAAGCAAAACACAUGAGCAUCCUGCACGCACCAUUCCUCUUCUUUCGUGUGUGGUGUAUCAAACGAUGCCGACGCGGCGCACAAUCCUACCGUGUCGGAGACCUAGAGCCCCAUCUCCCUUCGAUAGACCUCUAUCCAGGGUUUGGUAACCUUGUCCUUGCCAGUUCCUGUGGCGUUCUUAACGUGCACCCACCCCUCAGGAAUGACGACUCCCAAUCGUAACCUCCUUCAGAGAGGUGUUCAGUUUGGUGUAUUCCUCUAAUGCGAGCGUGCGACGACUGCUGGUACUGAACAUGUCUGCGAUCUUCUCGGGAAAGGUCUCUGACCUCGCGUUCGUGACCGGAUCGCGCUUGAACGCGCUGAAGAUUGAAACUCCAAGUCGUUGUCUGACAGAUGGACGGGUUCGCCAAACGACGUGAUGGAAGUUGCGGGCACACGCCAACAAUUAUCUUCUUUGUUUUUGAUUUUAACCAUAGUGGGCAUCUCAUUGUAGUCUGCGGGGUUCAACCGAGGCCAGUGAUAUUGCAAAUCCAUGAGGUAUUUCGGAACGGGAGGCACCUUCCUGCGUCGUCUCAACUGCAACGACGAGAGCACAUGAACCGGAAGCGUCUCUGUGGGGAGCUUGCGGGGUGCGAUAAGCGACCCUUGUUUCCGAACCUCUUUCUCCGCCCGCCACAUCUGAGGGUGCUUCGCAAAGAGGAGCCCAGCAACCGACGACGGUCAAGAGGAUGCAGGCCACAGCCGACAUAGUGGGCUCUGGCCAGCGGCGCUGCUCGUUGGAAAUGCCCGAGUACUUGUCCCAGGCUGGUUAGGCUUGCGGUCGAAC